GUACACAAGAUGAGAAGAACGUUGCUCUUCCUCGUGGCUGCCGUCCAGUGCGCCUGCGUACUUGGUCAGCUCCAGGGAUGGCCGGACGCUAACAUCUGUUCUCCCGGCCCCAACACCACCGUGCCCCUCCCCACCAUACCCAGCAACUUCGAGACUAGAAUGGAGAUCACGAUAGAAGCUGUGGAUGGACAACCGAAGAAGACCAUAGAAAUGUGGGAGUUCUUUGACUCUACGAACAAUCGCGGGCUCAUUGGCAUCAUGGCGGGCGGUAACUAUGGUUACCAGAUCUACAACUACAGGACGAACGAGAUCUACGAUAUCCAAGGUGUUGCUUGUGUGCAGCAACAGACUGUCAAUGGCCAGCAGGUGACAAUGCCUGGACCGUGUUUGAGUAAGUCUACUUAUUGCUUUUACAUUUGUUAG